CUCUUUGCAUGCUUGUUCUUGCCCUUGUUAGCAAGUCCAUCUCUCCACUGGUAUUAGGGCCUACUUCUUUGGAAUUCCAGCAUACAUUGAAGACCACCUGCAACAUUCAGCUUUGCGAAAUGGUUCUUUAUGACUACUGGAUUCUUGGACCUUCCAUUUGUAGGCAGCCAUCAUUGGAUUAGCUGGACAACAUCUAAUCUCUGACCAUGUGUUGGCAGUUGAAAAUUCCAAGACUUUACACUCUCUGGGGUACUAAGAUGUCCUGCCGAACUUUCCAUAUUAAUAUGAAGAAACUAAUGCCCAUACAGUGGGGCCACCAGGAAGCACCUGCCAAGUUCAACUUUGCUAGUGAUGUGAUAGAUCACUGGGCCAGCAUGGAGAAGGCUGGCAAGAGAUCUCCAGGUCCAGCCCUAUGGUGGAUGAAUGGCAGUGGAGAAGAAAUAAAGUGGAGCUUCAGAGAACUGAGUGAAAUCAGUAAACAGACAGCCAAUGUUCUCUCAGGGGCCUGUGGCCUGCAGCGUGGGGACCAUGUGGCAGUAGUGCUUGCUCGAGUCCCAGAGUGGUGGCUGGUGACGCUGGGCUGCAUGCGGACUGGCCUUGUUUUCAUGCCUGGAACCGUCCAGAUGAAGUCCUCGGACAUACUCUACAGGCUGCGGUCAUCCAAGGCCAGGGCCAUCGUGGCUGGGGACGAAGUGGCUCAGGAAGUGGAUGCUGUGGCCCCUGACUGCUCUUUUCUGAAAAUCAAGUUGCUGGUGUCUGAAAAAAACCGAGAAGGAUGGCUAAACUUCAAGGCACUGCUAAAGGAUGCAUCCACCAUUCAUCAGUGUGUGGAGACAGGAAGCCAAGAAUCAGCUGCCAUCUACUUCACUAGUGGGACCAGUGGCCCUCCCAAGAUGGCAGAACACUCCCAUUGCAGCCUGGGCAUCAAGGCCAAGAUGGAUGCUAGCAGCUGGACAGGCCUGAGUACUUCUGAAAUAGUCUGGACCAUCUCAGACACGGGUUGGAUACUGAACAUUUUAGCCACAUUUCUGGAACCUUGGGUAUUGGGAGCGUGUAUAUUUGUCCAUCUUUUGCCAAAGUUUGAUGCACAAACCAUUCUAAAGGUACUUUCCAGCUAUCCCAUCAACAGCCUGGUGUGUGCUCCCCUUAUUUACCGGAUGUUGCUACAAGAGGAUCUUUCCAGUUACAAGUUCCCACAUCUGCAUAGCUGCUUCAGUGGAGGAGAGACCCUUCUCCCGGAGACUCUGGAGAACUGGAAAGCCAAGACAGGACUGGAAAUCCGAGAAUUCUAUGGCCAGACAGAAACGGGACUUACCUGCAGAGUUUCUAGGACAAUGAAAGUCAAACCAGGCUACCUGGGAACAGCCUUCCCCCAUUAUGAUGUACAGGUCAUAGAUGAGCAGGGCAAUGUCCUGCCCCCUGGCAAGGAAGGCGACAUGGCUAUCAGGGUGAAGCCCAUCUGGCCUAUAGGCAUGUUCUCUGGAUAUGUGGACAAUCCCAAGAAGACACAGGCUAAUAUUCGAGGAGACUUUUGGCUUCUGGGAGACCGGGGAAUCAAGGAUCCAGAAGGGUAUUUCCACUUCAUUGGACGAACAGACGAUAUCAUUAAUGCCAGUGGGUACCGGAUUGGACCAUCAGAAGUGGAGAAUGCACUAAUGGAGCAUCCUGCUGUGGUUGAAACAGCUGUGAUCAGCAGCCCAGACCCUACCAGAGGAGAGGUGGUGAAGGCAUUUGUGGUCCUAGCUGCUGAGUUUCUGUCCCAUGACCGAGACCAGCUUACCAAGAUGCUUCAGGAGCAUGUGAAGUCAGUGACAGCACCCUACAAGUACCCCAGGAAGGUGGAGUUUGUCUUAGACCUGCCCAAGACUGUCACAGGAAAAAUUGAGCGAGCAAAGCUUCGAGCCAAGGAAUGGCAAACAUCAGGACAAGCCCAGGCCCAGUAAGACUUCCAAGGCUCCCGCUGGGGUUCUGUCUUCUCCAAUCCUUUCCUGUGACUUCUUAGUCUUCCUAUGGAGACAUAAGAUUAUUCAUGCAGAGGCAUGUAUGUGAUUUUGGUCUCUGCUUGGUUAUUGACAUAGAACAAUGACACAUUUGA